CCCAAAAAAAAAAAAAAGCGAGAGAAACAAAUCAAACCCUCUUGACUCUUAAGGGUUUCAAUCGAAGUGGGAGAGAAGAAAUUGCCGAAGAGAAAAGCCAUGGAUGAAGCUUUGACGAACGCUGCUGCAAUCAGUGACCAACGCCAGAAGAUCGAACAGUACAAACUCAUCCUCUCCUCUGUUCUUUCAUCAAACGAUCUUCUCCAAGCGCAACGACUCAUCGAUCACAUUCUUUUCGGUGAUGUCCCGUUGGUGGUUUCGAGACAGCUUUUGCAAUCGUUCGCACAAGAGCUUGGGAGAUUAGAACCUGAAACGCAGAAGGAGAUUUCUCAGUUUACACUUACUCAGAUUCAGCCCAGAGUUGUUUCCUUUGAGGAACAUGUUUGUUUUCUCUUUCGUAUGCAUAUAUACAAAUACCUUAUUGCACUUGCUAUCAGAGAAAAACUUGCGGGUUUGUAUGAAUCAGAGCAGGAAUGGUCUAAAGCGGCGCAGAUGUUGAGUUGCAUUGAUCUUGGCUCUGGAAUGAGGGCCGUUGAUGAGAACUUCAAGUUCUCAAAGUGUAUCCAAAUUUUAAUGUUGCAGGAUGCAGGGACGAAGAUCUUGAUGAAGAUGAUUAUCUGCUUCUCCAGGAUAACAACGUCAAAACUCAAAAGAAGAUGUAGUUGGGAGCGACGACGACAUGGCAGAUUUUAUUGUAGAUGAAGAUGAAGGGCAAGGUCUCCCUAAGAGGGGAAACUCAAAGAAAAAUAAAUUUAGGCAGGGAUCAGAUAUGAAUGCUAUGCGAGAUGCUAAUGAAAUAUUUGGUGAUGUUGAUGAACUUUUCACUAUCCGCAAAAAGGGUUUGGCAUCUAGUGAAAGGAUGGAAAGAAGGCUCGAAGAUGAGUUUGAACCAACUAUUCUCUCUGAGAAGUACAUGACCGGGCAAGAUGAUGAAAUCCCCCAGCUUGAUAUCCCCGAGAGAAUGCAGGUGCAUUAUCUGCUUUAGUUACUCUGAAUGUGCUUGUGGUCUAUUUAUUUAGGUUUGUAUCAACACUUGGUUUGUAUUACAAUUAUGUUUCUAUAUAUAAGUUUAUGUUAUUUUCAUCA